AUGAAGGGCGCCCGGAGUAGACGUGGCCAGGCGGCGCCGGUGGCGCCCGCACCCAAGAUGCACCAGACGUUUGAGGACGACGAAGAAAGCGAAGUGGAUAUACCCAUCGCCCCGGAAGCAGAUGACCCAGAGGGAGAGGAAUCCUCGUCCGAGACCGACUCAGACUCGGAGGUCGAGGAGCUAACUAUCGACAAGACGGCCCGUAGUGCGGCGGCCCAGGCGCGUCAACGCGCCCAGCCCGCUAAGCUUUCGCGCCGUGCACGGCAGCAGCGCGCGCAGCUGGACGAGUCAACGCCAGAAGAGCAGGACGAGGAAGAAGAAGCGGUACCUGAUCGUCUCGAUCCGGCACUAUUUGCCGCUGCCUUUGCACAUACAGGCGACGCCGCCGCGCGCGAAGUCCUACGAGGCGAGCGCGCCACAGCGCCGCCCGCCGCCCGCCGCGCUGCACCUGCACGCGGUCUGGAUGGGCGUCCUAUGACGCGCCUACGUGGCGAGCGUACAAUUGUGCGCACUCUAGACGACGCCGAUGCGCCGUCGCUUUCCGACGACGCCGAUGCACCUCUGUCGUACGAAGCGCUCGGUGUGCAACGGCCGCGCGCGGCGGCGCGCGAGCGCGCCUAUAAGAAGCGCAAGCUGGGCCUGCGCGCGAAGGACGCCCCGCCACCCACUUUGCCCGAGGGCGGCUACCAUGAGUCAGAUAGCACAAAGUCCGAGUAG